AUGUCUCCCAUCGCCAGAUCCCUCCGUCCCUUCGCUUCUCGCCUGCUUGCGCAGAAGCUCCCCCUCUCCUCCGUCUGCAGGGCCGCACCCGCCAGUUUCCCGCGGGGAAGUGUCCGGAGCUUCUCCCAGAGCCCUUUCUCUCAAUUGAAGAAAUACACCGAGUCGCACGAGUGGAUCGAGCUCGCCGCCGACGGCAAGACUGCUAAGAUCGGAAUCACCGAAUACGCUGCCAAGUCCCUUGGUGACGUUGUGUUCGUCGAGCUCCCCGAGGUCGACUUGGAGGUCAGCGCCGGUGACCCCGUCGGUGCCGUCGAGUCCGUCAAGUCUGCCUCGGACAUCCUCUCCCCUGUCUCCGGAACUGUUAAGCAGGGUAACACCGUGCUCGAUGACAAUGCCAAGUUCAUCAACCAGAGCCCCGAGGGUGAGGCUUGGAUUGCGGAGAUUGAGGUGAACGAUGCUGCUGAGCUGGAUGGGCUGCUGGAUGAGACUGCUUACAAGGCUACUAUUGAUGAGGAGUAAGGGAGUUGUGGUGUGCGGGUGGGAUGAUUUGGAUGAAUCGAUUUGAGUUUGGUCUGGGUUUACAUGAGCGCGCACGCUGCUGCUUCUGACAAAGUGCAACGGUGUGAUUGAUUAUGAUUUUUAAGUGAUCUGGGUUGUUUCAUUUGUAAUGGGUAUAAUUGGCCUGGGUUGUUGUGUGUGGAAGGUUAUGUUUCCAUCACAGAGUCGUGACUGUCUAGGGCUACGUCAUGCCGCUAUCGGCGGCCUUUUAUUCAACAAGGGCUGCGUCUGUUGCGGGUUGUAAGAAAUAUAUGAUAUCCUCUGCAUUUUUUCUGGCUUUUCUAAAGUGAUCAGAUAUCUGAAUCCAAUGCUCGUAUCUUGUU